CUGUGAUAAACGAAAUGUGUGAUUUGACGAGACAGGACUUUCAAAAAAGUACAUAAUCUACGCGUCCUUCCCAACACUACGACUACACAACCACAACAACGAUCACUCAAAACCCUAUAUUCUCUCUACCUUCUCCAGUGUUUCUUCUCUCUCUAAGCUUUGCCCCUCCAGAUUUUCUCCCUAAAUUCGAUUCAGUAUUAGUCGCACCGUAACUAUAUAUAUGGAUGACGCAGAUAAACCCGAUCCAGGUGGGACUGGGAUCAACAGCGAUUCAAGCUGGACGAUCGGAGCUGAUGUGGACAGGGUCAAUUACUUCUUCCCGAGCGAUGGAGAGAGCAGCAUCCUCAGCGAAUUCGGAUGGAAUCUUCAAUCGGAAAACACCGAACGACUUGGAGAGCUGCAGCGGAUCGAAGCGGACGAGAGCUCCGAUUUGGCGGGAACAGUGACGGAGUUGCCUCAGACUAACAGCAGCAGAGAUUUUUGGAGCUCCGACAUGGCCCUCCUGCCCGGAUCUUAUGUUGGAGAAGUUUCCGCAUCGAAUCCGUCUGUUUCUUCGAGCUCCAGCGAAGAUCCACCGGAGAAAUCGGCUGGUUCCGGCGGGAAAGCUGCCGAGAUUUCGACCCAGAUGAAAAAGAAGGGACAGAAAAGAGUCCGGCAGCCACGUUUUGCAUUCAUGACCAAGAGUGACGUUGAUCAUCUUGAAGAUGGCUACCGCUGGCGAAAAUAUGGACAGAAGGCAGUAAAAAAUAGUCCAUUUCCAAGAAGCUACUACCGGUGCACAAACAGUAAAUGCACAGUAAAAAAGAGGGUGGAGCGGUCCUCUGAAGAUCCCACAAUUGUAAUUACAACUUACGAAGGCCAACACUGCCAUCAUACUGUCGGGUUCCCCCGUGGUGGAAUUAUUAGCCAUGAAGCUGCCUUUGCCGCUGGCCAUUUGACGCUGCCAAUGUCACAAUUUUAUUAUCCAGGCGUUCAGUUACCUGGAGAAAACCCUCCAAGCAACACACAAUUGCACCAACAACAACUAGGCCAAGCAAGAGAUCGAACCAGUUCUGUGCGGGUACCUAAUUCAGAUGAUGGAUUGCUUGGAGAUAUUGUGCCUCGUGGGAUGCGUAAAAGAUGACACCCAACUUUAUAGGCCAUGCAGUGCUGUCAUAGUGGAGAGACAGACAGACAGACAGACAGUACUAAUUAUAUUGUAGAGUGAUCAUUCCCAUUUAUGGAAUUUGAUGAAUGACGAGACGAGAUCGAAGCCAUUUUUUGAGCUCAAAGUGAGAGUCCUUCGUCACCUGAAAACUCUAUUAUUAAGUGACAAUUUCUCAUGUUUCAUUCAAGUGUUCCAGGCUCUAGCUCGCAUGGGCAGGUCAUUAUGUCAAUGUCUUUCUUUCUUUCUCAUUUGAUUUGAGUUUAUAAGCAUAUAAACGUAAAAGAGUAGAGGUUCGUAUAUUGCGUAGCUAGAAUCAUUAUAUGUGUAUAUAUAUAUAUAAUUAGACCUGCAAUUGUACUAGAGAGAGAGCCAGAUCUUGGAACAGUUUACAUGCAUGGGCCAUGUUGUUGGUUAGUUGCGUGGACUUCGAUGUUGCUUCAUUCACAGCGGCCCAUGCAUUCUCUUUAUACGAAACGUCCUUUUUUUCCUUCCAA